GUAUAUGGUCGACCAAAUUUGGGAAUCUCUGUUUUGGAUUUCCUUUUGCAUAAUUUGAUGUUCUAUAUUGACUAUGUUAAUCACUUGAUCCAAUAAAUGGACUCUGAAGAUUCAAACAAAGAUAUUGUCAGAAAAGCUCUUAGGAUUGCCUAUUAUAAUAUUAGUGAUUGGAAAUAAACUGGUUAUUCUACGGUUUUGGACAAUCUGAAGUGAUUUCAAUCUAUUACAAAACAUUUAUAAAUGAAGAAAAUGGAUGCAGCGGAGGCAGAGAGGUAGGCAAGGAAAUAAGAAAUCAAUAUUCCCACAAAACAAGCCACAACCAUGUCCAGGGCUAAAAUGCUGAUCCUGGAAGUAAUAUUGCUGCUGAGCCUAGUGCUGGAAGCAGCAGUCGUCGCCGGCGAUAGACGAACCGUAUACAUCGCCAACGACAUGCAACCUGGUGAGAAACUGAAGGUGCACUGCAAGUCUGGGGACAAAGAUAUCGGGGUAAUGGAAGUGGAGUACGGGCAGGUGUAUAAAUUCCAGUUUAAUGUCAACAUUUGGGGAACAACCCUUUAUUACUGUUACGUGUUUUGGAAGGACAAGGGUGUUAGCUUUGAUGCUUACAGACAUUCAAGAGACGCGAAGAAGUGUUUCGUUUGCAAUUGGUCUUUUUCUCUUGAUGGGGCUUAUUGGUGGGAUGUGCAACAGAGGCAGUGGAUUUUGAUGUUUCCUUGGUAGAAUUAAGAUUGUGUAUCAAAUUAUUAAGGGUUUUUCUAUAUUUAUCUUAAAAUAUAAGUUAAAACUAUAA